AGGAUCGAGAAAAAAAUGGAAGUGAAGCAACUCCUCAAGGACAAGAAAUUCUGGUUCGCCUCCUGCCUCAUUGCCUGGGCUGCUGCUCUCCAGGGGCAUAUGAUGUGGAUGCAGAAGCAGGAUUCCUUCAAGCAAAAAUUCGGGGACGCCGACCGGAGCGAUGUCGAUGCCGGGGAAUGAAUCUCGGGUUUCGAUCAAAAGAAGAGCUUGAUCGUGUGCUCGUCAUUGUGAAGUUAGCAGCAAUUACCCUAACCAGUAACCAAUGCCUUUGUUGAUGUAAGCUCUGCGUUUAUGCUGCUGCUGUUUCGUUCCGCUUGUACUCUAUUGCUUUGUUGGGAUAUUCCGUUCGACAUUUACAGGCGAAAGUCUAUGAAUUGUAGUCCAAUCCUCGACGCUCGCGAGUUUUUUUAUCCUCUGGAUUUUAGCAUUUGGGUUGGUUGCC